AUGCUGUACGUCCUCGUCCAUCCGUCCAUCCCAGAGGCUCUCUGCUCUUUUAGCUGCUCGGUGUUGGCUUCGGUCUCCUCCAUCAUGCUGGUGCGAGCUCUGCUCCAGACCUCGCUGCUUCUGUGGUUGGCUCAGCAAACUCUGCAAGGCGGAGUUAAACCUCAGAGUGUGUCCUGGGGGAGAGUGUUACCAGCCAGAGGUGUUGGCAUUGGUGUAAAACCUGGAGUCGGCCGUUAUCCAACAGCAGCACUUGGUGUGGGCGGUUACAGAUCUCUUGGUUUAGGAGGAAGAACAGGCCUCAAACAGGGCACUUAUGGGACCCAAGGAGCGUAUGGUGCUAGUCUGGGCACAGGGAUGGGACUUACAAAUGGACUUGGACUGGGAGGAAAACGUGUUUAUGGGACCGGCAUGGGCACUCUGCCAGGAUACGGCACUCUGGCCGGUAUGGGCUAUCCUGGAGCCCGACAAGGCUACCUUGGAGGACCAGGAAACUAUCUGGGAGCGAGUCUGGGUGCUGGUGGCUACGGAGCAGGUCUGGGGCAGGGAGCGUACCUGGGAGGUGCAGCCGGGAAGCUGAAUGGCUAUGGGGAUGGAGUAACAGGAUACCUGGGUGCUAUGGCAGGGAAUGGCUACGGAGCAGAUACAGGAGGAAAGGUUCUGUCUACAGGUUAUGGGAACGGUUAUGGCGACAGUUACGGAGCCGCCCUCAGUACAGGAGCGUAUGCAGGACAGGUCCAGGGAGGCGCAUACGGAGCCCUCGGUACAGGAUUGGACCCAACUGGUGGAAAGUACGGGGGCGGAGCUGCUCAGCUUCCUUAUGGUGGCGCUCCAGUGAUUCCUACUGGACUGGAAGGUGAUGGAGCCUACCCAUAUGCUGCUCAGCACCUCAGCCUUGAGGCUGAAAGUGCUAAAGCCGCAAGCAAAUACGGAGCCGGGGUGCCGUACGGACCUCAGCAAACAGGUUACGGUGCACAGUUAGGAGCCACUCAAGAUGCCUUGGAUGAACCUGCAAAAUAUGGAGGGAAUGGUGGUCUGGCGACUGGAUACAAAGGUUAAUUCUAAUGAUCCUGGACUUCUUCAGACCAAGUCUUCUCCAUAAUCUGUUCAUUUUAAUAUGUUUUUGGAGUUUUCUGUGUGUUUCUCAACAUUUUGUCCCGUUGUCUGCUUUGUCUUGUUUCUUUUAACCCUUUUGUUUUUGUUCUUGUUUUGUUUUGUAGCAGAUGUUUGUUGCCCAUGUCUGUUUGUCUUGCCUCAUCAUCCAUCUUCUGUCAUUGCUGAAAAACUGGUGAUUAAAUACUGAAAUGACGAACUGUUACUGUUUUAACCCAAUAAAUUAUAUGUCAAAUGAUGCU